GGCAAGUGGCAGCACAAUACCGCAUCAUUAACAUAUCGCAUGACUAGUGGGACAUUAGGACCCAGAGGUUGCUGAGUGGAAGAGGCAGAAUCCCUCUCUCUCUGUCUCUGCCUCUGCAGCCUUGCUCCUGAUCUUCCUUCCAUGGUGACUGACCACCUCCUGCACAGACAGAGAGCAAGAAGGCCGAGUUAGGACGUGCACUCGCUGGCCCAAUGGCAUCUCCCAGGACUGUAACCAUUGUGGCUCUCUCCGUGGCGCUGGGGCUUUUCUUUGUCUUCAUGGGGACGAUCAAACUGACCCCAAGGCUCAGCAGAGAUGCCUACAAUGAGAUGGUGAGUACAGCAGCCGUGGCAGUGACGGGAGACAUGCUGCUAGCAGGGCUGCGUGUUCCUCUCAUCCCCACAACCUUGCAACAGGAGCAGCCAUGCAGAGGGGGUUUCUGCUGGAGGAGAUACAGAAACGAGCCUACAAAGGCUAUGUCCGUGCCCUUCCCAUACUGAAGAAGAUGGGAAUCAAUUCAAUCCUUCUCCGCAAGAGCAUUGGUGCCCUGGAGGUGGCAUGUGGCAUUGUCAUGACACUGGUUCCCGGACGCCCCAAGGACGUGGCCAACUUUUUCCUCCUGCUGCUUGUGCUGGCGGUGCUCUUUUUUCACCAGUUAGUGGGUGACCCACUCAAGCGCUAUGCCCAUGCCCUAGUCUUUGGGAUCCUGCUCACCUGCCGCUUACUGAUUGCCCGCCAGCCUGAGGAGCAGCCGUCUGAGAAGAGGAUCCUGCUGGUGAAUGGUGAUGAGCAGCCACAUCCCCACGAGGCAGUUCCUGAGAAAGGCAAAGUAAAGGUGUCUUAGUGGAAUGCAAUUAAGGGACACGGACCCUCCAGGCAGCGCUCGCUCGCUCGCUCUCUCAAAAAACCAACCUUUUAUUUUAUUCUUGUUUUGCUUUUUGUUUAAAAGGUUGCAUUGGAGGCUUAGGAAACACAGCCAAUCAUCACAUGAUGACGUGUGUAACCCAAACACAUAGAACUACAUUCUUCCCUAGCCCUAUGCCUACACAUUGUCUUUUAAUUAGUUCACGGGGAAAAAAUGUACCUUGUUGAAUGUGUGUUAAUGGGAGGGAAACCCUACUCAGAACCACCUCUUGGACAAGUCUUCUGUGUAGACUGGUUAUGGAGAAAAAGAUGUGAGAUCCCUUUGGGUUUCCCCUUUUGCAUGGGGUUUAACACUGGAGCAAUGAACUGGGCAAAGAAGCUAUUUUUCCUGCUUCAUAUGAGAACCCUAUUCCCUUUCAGUAGACAAUAAGGAUUAUGGAUUCGAACUGUCCAAAGCUUGGUGUUCGUCCAGUAAUAAAUUAGGGAUAUUAGCAAGUAGUUGACUACUUGACUCCCUGAUGAGCAUAAGCUUAUUGGGUAGUCUAGUAGAGCAGUGUUUCUCAACCAGUGGUAUGAGUACCCUUAGGAGUACUCGAGAGAAGUCUGGGGGGGUACGUCAACACAACUGAAAUUUGGAGAAAAUGGAAUUUUGUUUUACGUUUUACAGCGCUUUAUUAUUUUUGUACUUUUUACACCCAAAAAUGUCAUCAGCCGCCCAGCUACGAUUAAGUUGUUUAAACAAAUAUGUUGCAAUGGUAGAAAAAAAAUUGUGUGUCUGAAAACUGUAGGUACUGGGGAUACUUAUAAUUUUUGUGUGUGUGAAAAAGGGGUACUUUAUAAAAAGAGGUUGAGAAACACUGUAGUAGAGUACUCAACUACUCUCUCCCCUUCUCUCCCCCCACUGCCUGUAUAUGAGAGGUAGCAAGGAGCAGGACAGGAGCCGGUGCUGGAGGGAGCUGGCUUAAAAGCCAGUUCCCCCAUGUACGACCUCUGCAAUGCUGCCUGCCCUCCCACCCGCUGCCUCUAUCAGAGACAGUGGGCUGGGGGAGGAGGGAUAGGGAAGGCUGCUCUGGCAGCCUCUGUUUGCAGCAGCGAGGACUGGACACGGCCAGGGGUCUUCUAGACUUGGAGCAAGCCGGGACCGAGCAGUCCUGGCUCACGAUGGUCUGGCAUGCUGCACCUCUGCAUUUUAAAUGUAAUAAGAGUCUGGCAAUGCAAGCCCGGGACAGCUCAGUCACAGCGCCAGCUGGCUCCAGGAGCUACCCUCACUGUGGCUCUGCCUCUUAACGACUAAUUGUGCAGUCGAUACUAAUUGUAUUGAUUACAUAAUUAGCCAGAUAACCACAAUUUAACAUCGCUAUAAUAAAUCCAUGUGCCUGUUGCUGGCAAAAAGAGAAGUCCUGAUUGGCAUCUCCCUCCAUAAAUAAAUCCCCAUUCCUGCCAACUUCUCACACAGACUUUAUGGAAUUGCCAGGUAUUGUUAUGGGUGCCCAGGAUCCUUAUUCCAUAUCCACCCACGAGGUCACUGAGCAAGCAGGGGGGCAGUCAGUGUUGUCACAACAAGGAGCCUGAUUCUCUGUGUUAUAUAUAAAAAUUUGGGAGAUGCAUUUACAUUUUGUUGCUUUUCUUGGUAUUUAUCUGUGUUUUUUUAAUUAUUCAUGAAAAUAAACUUUUUGAA